AUGGAUGAUCAUACUCUCCCUCUUCCUUCCUCCGACGACGUCGUCCUCAACGUUCCCGAUUCUCCUGCAUGUAUUCAAAAACAGGGGAAGGGGAAAAAGGGCAAUAUCGUCCUUGCAUACAAGACUCUAGGCGUCGUUUUCGGUGGUCUUGUUACUUCACCGCUUUACGUUUACCCUUCAAUGCCUCUCAAUUCUCCAACUGAACAGGACUAUUUGGGAAUUUACAGUAUCAUGUUCUGGACUCUCACUCUCAUUGGUCUUGUUAAGUAUGCUAACAUCGCCAUCAAAGCAGAUGAUCACGGCGAAGGAGGGACAUUUGCUCUGUAUUCGUUACUUUGCCGGCAUUUCAAUAUUGGGAUCUUGCCUUCUAAACAAGUUGGUUUGACCUCACCUAAGGUUACUGAAUCGCGUACUUGGCUUGCUAAGUUGUUCGAAACUAGCCUCGUUGCGAGAAGGCUUUUGCUUUUCAUUGCUAUGUUGGGUACUUGUAUGCUUAUUGGUGAUGGUAUACUCACACCUGCAAUUUCAGUCUUGUCUGCAAUGGAUGGAGUUAGAGCGCCUUUUCCUUCUUUUACCAAAACAUGGGUAGAAACACUCUCUGCAGUUGUCUUGAUCUUUCUGUUCUUGUUGCAAAAAUUCGGUACAUCCCGUGUCAGUUUCCUCUUUUCUCCAAUAAUGGGUGCAUGGACCCUCUGUACUCCACUUGUGGGAAUUUACAGCAUCAUACACAACUAUCCAACUAUAUUCAAGGCUUUAUCUCCUCACUACAUUGUCCAGUUCUUUUUGAGGAAUGGAAAAUCUGGGUGGCUUUUACUUGGUGGUACUGUCCUUUGCAUUACAGGUUCUGAGGCAAUGUUUGCUGAUCUUGGUCAUUUCAAUCCGCGGUCCAUUCAGAUAGCUUUCAUAUUCACAAUCUAUCCAUCUUUAGUUCUGACUUAUGCGGGGCAGACAGCAUACCUGAUUAAAAAUCCCAAUGAUCAUAAUGAUGGCUUUUACAAAUUUAUACCAACUCCAGUUUACUGGCCUAUCUUUAUCAUUGCAACAUUGGCUGCAACUGUUGCUAGCCAGUCAUUGAUAUCAGCCACCUUUUCUGUGAUCAAGCAAUCUGUAGUACUCGAUUAUUUUCCUCGAGUGAAGAUUGUACACACAUCUCCUAAUAAUGAAGGAGAAGUUUACUCCCCUGAAGUGAACUACAUCCUUAUGAUCCUUUGUGUUGCUGUCAUACUUAUAUUUGGAGAUGGAAAAGAUAUUGGAAAUGCUUUCGGUGUUGUCGUGAGCCUGGUGAUGCUUAUCACCACUAUAUUACUUACACUAGUCAUGAUUAUGAUAUGGAGAACUCAUGUGGUGCUGGUUUCCAUGUACUUCUGUGUGUUUUUUGUCAUGGAAGGUGUUUAUGUCAGUGCAGUUUUCACUAAAUUUGCUGAAGGUGGAUGGGUUCCUUUUGCCAUAUCUCUAACCCUCGCAUUCAUCAUGUUCGGUUGGUUUUAUGGUAGACAGAGAAAGAUAGAUUACGAGUUAACCCACAAGAUAACUUUUGAGAGACUUGAAUAUCUUUUGGCUGACUGCAGUGUUCAAAGGGUUCCCGGGCUAUGCUUUUUCUAUUCUAACAUUCAAGAUGGACUAACUCCUAUUCUUGGACACUACAUAAAGAACAUGAAAUCCCUUCAUAAGGUUGCAGUAUUUACAACUCUUCAAUAUUUACUAGUCCCCAAGGUUGCUCCACAUGAGAGGAUUGUCAUCAAAAAAUCAAAUCUUGAAGGAGUAUAUUGCUGUGUUAUUCAGUAUGGUUAUGCAGAUGCUCUAAACACGGAAGGAUCUAAUUUUGUAGAUCAAGUCAUAAAUAAUUUGAAAAUACAUAUACAGAAUUGCCCCGGCAAUCUUUUAUCUGAUUCUCAAAAGAUUGAAGAGGUCUCCAGCUUAGAAGAAGCGCGACUUGCUGGUGUUGUUCAUGUUCGCGGAAAGACGAGAUUUUAUAUCGGCUUGAACUGUGGCUGGUUUGAUAAAAUCAUGCUUGCUUUUUACGAAGUCAUGCACAGUAACUGUAGAUCUGGCCUGCCUGCUCUAGGAAUUUCAUUAAAGCAACGGAUGGAAGUUGGAAUGCUUUACGAAGCUUGA